AUGAGUGAAAACAAAGGAAGGUAUUUUCAAAAGGAAUGGUUUCAUCACCAUAACUGGUUGUGGUACCACCAAGAAAAAAGGGCUGCGUUUUGUGGAGAAUGCACCUUGUUUCGACAACCACAUGAUUACUCGCCGUUUAUCUUCUCCGAUAAGGCAGAAGGUUUUAAAAACUGGAAAAAAGGCAAGGAAAGAAUAGAGGAACAUGAACGCAGUGAACAGCAUCGAAGUGCUGCUAAAGAAUCCAAAAAAGACCAACCUGACGUAGCUUGUCAAAUAGAUAGUGAGCGACGAAAGCAGCAACAACUGAGACAGACUGGUUUAGUCGCUCACUUGGAUACUAUGAAAACUCUCUUAAGGCAGGGACUUGCUAUUCGAGGUCAUCAAGAUGAAGAAUCCAAUAUUGCUCAAUUUAAUAGGGACAAAGCCAAAAGUAACCCCGGCUUGAAAAUGCUAAUAAGUGAAAAAUAUUUCUCUCACGAUAUCCUAAAUGAGCAAGAAAGAUUGAUAGUGUUGAAUGCAAGACGAACAUUAGUUGAAGAAAUUAAUUCAAACAAUUUCUUUUCUAUCAUAUGUGAUGAAGCAAGCGAUAUUUCAAAAUUGGAGCAAUUGUCGUUUUCAGUCCGAACUUGCAACAACAGUUACGAGACAACCGAAAACUUCAUUGGCGUAUUGUCAUGCGACCAAGGCUUGACAUCAGACGCUUUGUUGAAGUAUAUUCACGACAUAAUGUUGCGAUGCAAUAUGGACACAAAAAAGCUCGUUGGCACAGCUUUUGACGGAGCAUCGUCUAUGACACGACUUGCCGCACUCAUGAAAGAAAAGUUUGGGGAUAACAUAAUCCAUAUCCACUGUUUUGCACAUUGCAAUGAGCUUGUGUUUAAAGAUGCCACAAAAUUGUCCCCGUUGAUUGCUGAAGCACAAGAUCUGUGCGAAGAUUUGUAUGUUCUAGUGGGCGUGAGUCCAAAACGUGUCCUUCUUUUUGAGAAUAUACAAAAAGAAAUCGCUAAUUCUUCAGAGAGCUUCUCAGAGAUUCUGAAGUUAAAGAAUUUAUCUCGAACAAGAUGGACGACAAGAGGUUCAGCAGCUGCGGUGCUCAUAAAAAAAACUCCAGAGUUACAAGAGGCGUUAGAAAUCUUAUCAAAGGAUCUUAGCAUCACUCCUGAGUGUCGUGCAAAAUCACGUGGAUUGCUUGGAAAAGUUAGAUCAGUGCGACCGAUGUUUCAAGUGGUUGUUAUGCAUGAACUUGCAAAUUUAUUAGAAAAUAAUUCCAAGAAUUUACAAUCCGCAUCACUCACGGCAGAACAAGCAGUUUAUAGUAUAAAGAAAUUGCAAGUGCGUCUACAGGAGAUAAGGUCCGAAGAAGAGUUUCAACGUCUGUAUGAGCAGACAAUGAAGUUGGCAGAGUUACGAGAAGAACAUGAAACACAAAAGUCAAAAAGGCAAAGAAAAGCUCCAUGUCGUCUGUCCGAGUAUGUUGCUCAUUCAAGUUCGCCAUCAUCUGCGACAGAAAUGAAUAUUACAACGGAAUUACUGCGUAUUUAUUAUGAAGCUGUUGAUGCUGUGGUGGAAGCACUACAGGGACGUUUUCGUCAAGAAGAUUUAGAGAUUCUUGAAGCAAUAGAGUCAUGUUUACUUGCAGCAGCAAACAAAAAAAAUUCCUCAGAAGAAGUUCGACCACAGUUAAAAAGUUUACCAGCAGUUAUUAAUACUGAUAUCUUGGAGGAGCAGCUAAAAGAGCUACCAGUUGUGUUAAAGCUUUACAACGCAGAACAUGCAUUACCUAUCAAGACGGUCACCACCCUAUCGACGCUUUGUGAAAUUUUGAACUCUAGAAAGAGCAUCAAGGAAUGCCUUUCGGAAGUUCAUAAACUGUUGACAUUUUACAUGUCAGUUCCCAUCAGCUCCGCUACAGCAGAAAGAACUUUUAGCACAAUGCGCCGUAUCAAGUCAUGGCUCAGAUCGACCAUGUCCGAGAACACCCUAAAUAAUAGAAUGUUCGCUGCUAUCCACAAAGGACGAAUUGACGAAAUAAAUAGCGAAAAUAUUGCUAAAGAGUUCAUAGUGGCAAACGAACAACGGCGACGUUAUUUUGGAAAAUGUUAA